UUUGGGUAGGUUCGUGCAACUUUGGUUGUCAAGGCUGCCAUUGUUUUGCAUUUGCAUUCCGAAAUCAAUUUUUCGAUUCUUUUCUACCACUCCUGGUACGAUGGAAUUUAUGGACUCUUUCCCUUUCCGUGGGGUAGCCAAAUAAAAUAGAAUGGAAGAGUUUACCUACGUACCAUUGCGGCAAAACAACAAUUUAGUACGAUCCAAACCGGAGCCGCGUGCGGAGACAACAGUUUUUUUGGUUGUCGCACCAAAAAAGAUUCGUUUGUCGAACGUUUACGUUGGCAAAACGAACGAACUAGCCUUAAAUUGUAGAAAGUAGUGAAGAAGUGAAUUAGCUUAGAAUUAGGGAAACUUGACGCCGAAUCGACGCCAUAGAUAAUUGCGAGAAGAAUGCAUUGGGACUGGGAUUGGCAUUUCGAUCAUCACUGGCAUCGGUCUUGGGAUCCGUUUUUCUAUCAUGGGAAAUGUGGUUUUGGUCCAAGGUUUCGAACGAGUUAUCUAUGGAAUUGUCCACACUAUGAUUGCAGUUACACGCUGCCGGAUUGGUGCCACCAUUCGUGUCUGACGGAUCGAGUUUAUGUGGAAACUGGCGAGGAGGAUGAUACAUGUGGCAAGGGCACAUUCAAGGUGGUCAUUGAUGUUCACCACUUUAAGCCGGAUGAAUUGAAACUGAAGGUUAAGAACAAUGAUCUGCUGAUUUUGGAUGGUAAGCAUAAAGAUGAAAGGGCCAACAAGUCCCCAGCCCUGUGUAUUACCAAGGCCUUUACAAGGAAAUAUAAAUUGCCACGGAACUAUGAUGCCACAACAGCUAAGGCAACUUUGUCCAAGGAUGGCAUUCUAACAAUAAUUGUGGCCGCUCCACCACCCUUAGAUGAUGUGGAAAGGGAUAUAGAGAUUAUGGAAACUGAAACGUAUUUUGGAUCGAAGGAUGACAACAAACCAGCCAUUGAAGAGGCAAAGGAGACGACUCCGGAGGAAAGUAAAUGAAACAACAAAUUACUUAAAUUGUUUAAAUAUUUUAAACAUCCUAGAAAAAAUAUAAGCCUUCCUGUGCAAGCUAAGCAGUAGAAUUUCAACCGCAUGCUGCUUUGGCAAAAUGCAAAGCUUUGUAGCCAAUCGUCGCAAAAUCUUUUCAAAUGGAAUUUUUUAAAAAUAAAAUGAUUUUAGUGUUUAACAAAAUGUAGUGAACUUUAACGUAAAUUAAAAAAAAUAGUAAAUUUUAAAGUAAAAUAGAAAAAAAAAAUAGAUUGAUUGUUCAGAACGUUCUGUGUAGCUAAGUAAAAGAAGAAAAUUCAUUUCAAGAUCUUUUGAGAAAAUUUAA